UUCCUGGUGGCUCCAGGUCGGUUUUUCCCGGCGACUCUAGCGCGACUUCCAAAGUCCUAGGCUCCGGGCUCUCCUCGAAAUUUGCCUCUCCCUCCCGCCUGCUCUCUUCGGGACCCUGGAAGUCUCCAGUACUCCAGCUGUCGUCUGAAAAGUCCACUCGGGGGCCGCAGGUCGCAGAGCCUGCGAAGGGUGAGGGCGGCUAUCGGCGAUGAAACCGUCUUGGCUGCAGUGUCGCAAAGUCACCGGUGCCGGAGGACUCGGGGGACCCCUGCCCGGAUCCUCACCGGCUCGGGGAGCCGGCCCGGCCCGCAGGGCUUACGUGGCCCCCGGCCCGCGGGGCGCUCUCGGGGGCCGGGGCUGCCGCGCGUUGUCUUCGGGCGGCGGCAGCGAGUACAAGACCCACUUCGCGGCCUCGGUGGCCGACCCCGAGAGGUUCUGGGGCAAAGCUGCAGAGCAGAUCAGCUGGUACAAGCCCUGGACCAAAACGCUGGAGAACAGACACCCUUCCACCAGCUGGUUUGUGGAAGGAAUGCUUAACAUUUGUUAUAAUGCCGUUGAUCGUCAUAUUGAAAAUGGUCAAGGAGACAAGAUUGCAAUCAUCUAUGACAGCCCUGUCACAAACACUAAAGCAACUAUUACCUAUAAAGAAGUCCUAGAGCAGGUCUCUAAGCUGGCUGGUGUUUUGGUCAAGCAUGGUGUCAAGAAAGGUGACACUGUGGUUAUCUACAUGCCCAUGAUCCCGCAGGCGAUAUACACCAUGCUGGCAUGUGCAAGGAUAGGAGCCAUCCACAGUCUCAUAUUUGGGGGAUUUGCAUCCAAAGAACUAAGUAGCCGCAUUGAUCAUGCAAAGCCCAAGGUGGUUGUGACAGCAUCAUUUGGCAUUGAACCUGGAAGGAAGGUGGAAUACAUACCACUUCUAGAAGAAGCACUGAGAAUAGGACAACACAAACCAGAUAAAAUUCUCAUUUACAAUCGUCCAAAUAUGGAGACAGUUCCCAUGGCUCCAGGUCGUGACCUUGAUUGGGAUGAAGAGAUGGCAAAAGCACAGUCACACGAUUGUGUUCCUGUUCUUUCAGAACAUCCACUGUAUAUUCUUUACACAUCUGGAACAACAGGUUUGCCAAAGGGCGUGGUUAGACCCACUGGGGGAUAUGCUGUAAUGCUAAACUGGACAAUGUCUUCUAUAUAUGGACUGAAACCUGGAGAGGUGUGGUGGGCAGCUUCUGACUUAGGCUGGGUUGUUGGACAUUCCUAUAUCUGUUAUGGACCUCUUCUUCAUGGGAACACAACAGUUUUAUAUGAGGGGAAGCCUGUGGGAACACCAGAUGCUGGUGCUUAUUUCCGUGUGCUGGCGGAGCAUGGAGUGGCUGCCUUGUUUACAGCGCCGACUGCAAUUAGAGCCAUCCGUCAGCAGGACCCUGGGGCGGCCUUGGGGAAGCAGUACUCACUGACAAGGUUUAAAACAUUAUUUGUGGCUGGAGAACGAUGUGAUGUGGAGACCCUGGAAUGGUCCAAAAAGGUCUUCAGAGUACCCGUCUUAGACCAUUGGUGGCAAACUGAGACUGGAUCCCCAAUUACAGCAUCAUGUAUUGGAUUAGGUAAUUCUAAAACACCUCCUCCAGGACAAGCAGGAAAAUGUGUUCCAGGAUACAAUGUUAUGAUUUUGGAUGACAACAUGCAAAAACUGAAGGCUCGGUGUUUAGGAAAUAUUGUGGUAAAGUUGCCGUUACCACCUGGGGCUUUCUCAGGACUCUGGAAGAAUCAGGAAGCAUUCAAGCAUUUAUACUUUGAGAAAUUUCCUGGAUAUUAUGACACCAUGGAUGCUGGUUACAUGGAUGAAGAAGGCUAUUUGUAUGUUAUGUCUCGAGUUGAUGACGUGAUAAAUGUUGCAGGUCACAGGAUUUCUGCAGGUGCUAUUGAAGAGUCGGUCCUUUCCCAUGGCACUGUUGCUGACUGUGCUGUUGUUGGCAAAGAAGAUCCUUUGAAAGGCCAUGUCCCCCUAGCCCUCUGCGUGUUGAGAAAAGGUAUAAAUACAACUGAGGAACAAGUUUUGGAAGAAAUUGUGAAACAUGUUAGACAGAGCAUUGGCCCUGUGGCUGCUUUUCGAAGCGCAGUUUUUGUCAAACAGUUACCCAAAACUAGAUCUGGCAAAAUUCCCCGGUCAGCUUUGUCUGCCCUUGUCAAUGGCAAGCCUUACAAGAUAACGCCUACAAUUGAAGACCCCAGCAUUUUCAGGCACAUAGAGGAAGUGCUGAAGCAGGCAUCAUGACUUUUUGAGUCGAUUUUUCUUAUUGAAGUCAAGUUUUUUUGAAUUACAUCCCAGGAAUAAAUAUUUAAAUAGAAAUUACUAGAAAAAUGAAAUGUGAAUUGUGAAGCUUGGUCUAAAAAAACACACUGGAAGACUAGUGAAAGAUCUGCGCCUUCUGUUUGAUUAGAACCAGUUAGCAUUGCUAUCAGUUAUCUGUAACAUGACUCAUUAUAGGUUGUCCAGCAUUUUAAUUUUAGAAAAAUUAAUGUAUGAUUUUUAAAAAGUAUACUCCCCCUCCCAGAAAAAGCAUUUUAAUUGAAAGUGACAUUAAUAUAGAGCCACUUCCUAAAAACAGAAAUCUGCAGCGUUGGCCCAAAACCUAAAACUCAAGUUACAGUUAGAAAAUAAUUGUAAUUUUUCUUACGGAAAUUUGCCAUGUUUUCUAAUAUUUUUGAGAUGCCCGCAUGCAUGGUCAUCAUCUAAUUAGAUGAUUUCUAGGUAGGAGGGCCCGGUUAGUCAUUUCCUGAGGGAAGACUGACUGCCAGGGUACAGCUCUGUGGUCAGCUCAUUUGUUAUUUGGUCAAGGGGAAUUGCCUGCCUGUAGCAGAACACAGGCCCCUGUCCUUUCUCUCGGUCAUGGAGAGGAGGGUUCCUGGAGCCCCUCCUCCUGUCUCUGUUCUUAGCUGACUGCUCUCAAUGAUUCCAGCUUCUUAAGGAAACAAGAAAAUGAUGUAGAAAGGAGGUGGGCUGGCUAAGAAAGCUCUUCAGGAAGAAAUGUAAAGCUUUUACAUUAUGCUAAGAGAAACAAACAAACAAAUCCAGAUUUUUAUGUAAAAUUUCUCAUUUUAAAUAACCCACUAAAACAAUAUUGUGACAUCCAAGUACAUUGUUCCAUUUAAGCUUCUAUAAAACUAUUGAGAAUUAUUUUUUAAAAAAUUGAAAAUGAGUCUUUCUUAAUAAGCUUAUGGUAAUGCGCCAAUUAACCAGACUAGAGAGUUGCAGAUAAUUAUUUGGUUUACAUAGGAUUGGGCAUGUUAUCAGUCAACAAAGAAUACAUUUACACACAACAAUAUGCCAUGCCCAUUGAGUCUUCAAUGGUGCUGAAAUACUCCUUAAUCCUUCAGUCCAUCAGGAAUAUUAGUCUCAAGAGCAGCUGUCCUAACAUAAUAAUCUGGGUACUUAAAAAAUAUGUUAGAAAUAAUAGAUUAAGAGCUUAUUUACUUACUUGUUUUAUAAAAAUUGCUUACAAACUGUGUAAAGACAUUUUGAAAAUGUGAGUUUUAUUUGGAUCAUAAACUAUAAUAUCAAUGACUUCAAGUAAAUUCCUAUUUGCUUAAGUUGGCUUCCUGAUUGUUACACCUGGAAACAAUAUAGUCAUCCUACUUGUUCUUUGUUGAUUAUUUUAAUAAUCUGAAUUAAACCAACUAGAUAGACACUCCGUUUAGACUUUGAAGCUCUUGGGUUCCUUAAAACUAUAGCUUCUAUUUGGGUACAUUUAAUCUGCUAUCCCAUCUGUAAUCUUAACAAAUAAUCCAUUUUCCAUGUCUUAGCAUUUAAUUUUUUUACCUUACAUUUUCAUAUAAAAUUCAAUUAAUUUGAAAUGACAAAUUCUUCAUCUGAAAAUGUAUUAUUUGCAAGGUAUAACCUCAAGGUAUAUUGUACAGAUGCAAGAAAUGUGUAAAGGUACAUCUUUGGUCCUCUUGCGCAUUUUUCCUGGUAAUCACACGUAAAGGGGACACUUCACCAAGCAGACUUGAGUUGCUUUCCAGUUGAGUGAGAAGAAAACAAUGCACGAAACUGGGAAAGUGGCUUUUUCUUGUAUCUAAUUGAGGAAAUUUAUCUCCUUUGCAGGGUCAGAGAAAGUACUGUUACUUUCAUAUUGAUAAAUGUGGGUGGGGCAAGAGAGACACUGAAGCCGUCAGAUUGUUUCAAUUUUGGAAGAAAAAAGGAAUUUCCUAUUUUAAUAUUUUUAUCAUAAAGCACUUUUACUACAUAGUACCUAAAAUGUUCCAAAUGAAAUGUAUAUUUAAAAAUAACAAUAUAAUAUUACUAAAAAUCCAAUCAUAUUUAAGUCUGCUGGAAUA